GCUGAAUGUUAUCAAGAUUCGAAAUCAACUACCUAGUACCGUAGCCUCGUCAAAUUUUUAUUCGUCUCAAUAAUGAUAAAACAUCGCACAGAUUCCCUCAUGCCUUUCCAUUUCAUGUUCGGAUUUUUGUUCUUCUUUCCUUAAGGUAGUAGGGGUUAGUAAUUUGUCUUCGUCUCAGAUUACUUGCUUAUUUACCAUUAUGGCGUCCGGCGACGAGUCUGCUUCAGCGAGCAUCGCGAUUGCCUUUGAAGACUUUGAUCAAUAUGAAGUCUUUCAGAAGGCUGAAAAACACGUAAGAGAUGAGGAAAGCAAGAAUUUCGUAGUCGAAUUUGGGCUCAAACGCGCGCGGAUCGCAUUUGACGUGAAUGAUGACGAGAUGAACCAACUACUUAAUCAAGCCCCCGACGACCACAGGGAUUAUCCUAUCCGAUGGAUCAAUGUAUGGGAUCCCAGUGCGCAAAGAGAUACUAUGACCUCCAUUGGCGAGAAAUAUGGGUUCUCGCCGAGGUUACUUGGCUUAAUGACUACACCAAGAUCACAACCAGAAGGGACACGGCGGCAUAACCAUAGGAGAAAGAUCGCCCUACGCCAUCAUCAACGAUCGAAUAACGACUUGGAGAAAGGGGAAGCCACGAAUGGCAGUUUCUCGAAACCUCAGGCCUCCGCAGAAGUUAAUGACAGCAUAGCUCUAUAUCUGCAAGUGAAGGAUACCGUUAACUAUUUCUCGACGGAUCAAACCCAGAAAGCCUUCUGCAUCGGAGCAAAUUGGCUUCAUAAGCGGCCAGUACCUGAGCUUGAGCACCCACGAAUCAGCAUCAUGCCACCCAAACAUUGGCAAUGGCUUGCGCUGUGCAAUAAUCACACCGUCUUAUCAAUCCACGAGAAACCCUUAUUCGAGCCAGUUCCGGAAAAGGAGAACAAGGAAAGCUGGCGUAACGAAGAAUUCGAGUCGAUGAGAGCACACAUCUUGGAUAUUCUUCGACAGUUAUCCACUAAAGGGUUCGACCUUUACAAAACCAAUCCACUUGCUCAAAGUUCAGUCAGGGAGUCGCUACCUAACCCCCGGAAAGAUCUCAACAGAACACAAUCGGGAGUGUCUGUUUUCAGUAACAGUGAAGCAGGAAGUCUGGCCGAUGAAGGAACAAGCAAUCUUUUCUACUACCUAUUCGAAGAUUAUGUUGCAGCUGGCCCUCUCAAAGCCGCGGAACAGGAACUGGAUGAGAUGACUCACAAAAUUCUAGAUAGUACACGUCGAAGCAAGGUGUCUAAGAGUUCUGAGAUCAUACCUACGUUGCACUAUCUGAGCAAGGAUCUUAGAGAGUUUAAGCACUUAUUUGAGAAUUAUAAGAAUCUCAUAAGUAAGAUAAUGGCUGUCGGUAGACGGGAUUCGUCUCAGAGCAUUCAUCUCGAUGCGGAUCAUAAAGUGUUCCUAACGAAUUCUGCCCUGAGUCGAUUUGAUAGGCUAAGGGAUCGACUUCAGUACCUUAUGUUGAACACUAUCGAAGGUUACUUGGAGGAGAUAGCCGCGUUAUCGACAACGUACUUCAACUUGACGCAACAGAAAGACUCGCAGGCAACGGCUAGGCUCACAAGAAGCGCCACAUUGUUAGCCAAGCUCAGCGUCUUCUUCCUACCGAUUAGUUUUAUGACGAGCUACUUUUCGGUUCAGAUCGAGGAUCUGUACAUCUACUGGACAGGCAAGACGUACUGGUAUGCGUUUGCGGUUAUCGCGAGCGUGUCUUUCGUGAGCCUGUUCUUCUUCAGCAGGCUACUUAUGCUCUUUAGUGAUAUGAUGGACGAGUGGGCGGCGUUUAUACUAGACCGUGGCAAUGACGUUUUGCGACACAUGAAAGCGCUAGUGGGAUGGAAGCCUAACAAUGGAGACGAAGAUUAGUGAGAAUGAAUGAUGGAUGUAUGUACGGAUCAGUUUGGGUGCCAUUUUUGGUGUUUUUUAUUAGUGGCACAAAUCAUGUAACUUUAGUUGAAAUUGUUCCUGUAGAUAUAGGCAGGUAGGUACCUGUUAUGAGCUACCUACGCCUAUAGAAGGUUUAUACGGAUCCCUGCUUGCAAACCUUAGAUCCUAGGUUGCUUACUAAUUUUGAGGUUUAUUAGAAGGUUCAAGGUUGGAUAGAUUCAAAGAAUUCGUCACCUGAACGUUGUUAACACUCGCUUUCACAUGUCACCAGGCUAUUUUGGAACUAGAGGGGCAAUUGAUCUCGUGACCCUGUUGUGUUAUCUAGGCUGCUACUAAUAAGUAUGGAAUUUUAU